GAACCAUGCGUAAAGAAUGCUUAUGGCUUUUAGCAGUACUCACACUAACGUCCUGCACUUCACAUAAGACGUUUCAAUCUGAGCUGGGUAUGAUGCCCACAGGACAGCACAGGUCCAAGAGACGUCCAUCGGAGGUAGACGACGAACGUCAAAUGGUGACCAUUGAUCUCUCGGCCCUGAGGCCUUCCCUGCCAGGAUUGGUACUUUACAACUACGGCGAUCAAGCCCCAAAACUGGUGCAAGUGGAUCUAUCGACGUUGAAUCCUCAAUUGCAACCACACGUCAUAUGGCCACAGUUCGAUCUGAUUGAUCUAGUCGAUGACAGACCUCUGGAGUUUGACAGCAUGGAUGCCAUCCCUUAUCUUUCUGAGGACGAUCCUCUGCUGCCUCCCAAGACACCCCGCUUUUCAAAAAUGAAAAACGCAGAGACUGGAUGGUCCGGCAUGAAUGACAUAGCUGACGGUGACAUCUACGACUUCCUGCCUGAUUCUAGGCGCAACGACGAGCUCAUGUCUUUGCACAGGAAUCUUCCGCUGGCCGACGAGGUUAUUGUGCCGUUAGAUUGGGAAGAAGAGAAAACCAGCAGAAAUUCUGAAAAAAGAAACAUUUUUGCAUCUAGAGGUUGGCAGCCCGGUGGGCAAAGAGCGAGCGAGAAAGGAAGAAUACAUUAUGAGAGGAAUAUAAAUAAUAAAGGGAAUUCCGAUUCAUUCAAUGUCCACUACACGCCUUUUGGAUCCACAAACUGGAUGCCAGGAAAGAGAAAACACCAUCCAGGACGAGAAACCGAAUCGGAAGACAACGUUGCUGAAGACUCUACUACCAAGAGUCCAGGGACAACUUUUGUCGGGGAAUUGGGCAAGAAAAACGUCUUCAUAUCCAGUGGUUGGGGUCCUGGGGGAAGACAGGUGUCCAUGAGCUCGCUCAGAAGGCCUGGCACUCGAAGACAAAAAGAAGGCAAGUCAACAAGUUUGCCAGUUAAGGUCUCCAGUCAAGAAUCAUGGUCAGUGCCGAGGCAAUAUUGGUCUGUGCCACACCUGUUUGGAAGUCAUUGGCAGUGACACGGUAUAGGCCAAUAAAACUUUUUCGUUGAGGAGAUUGCAACUUUUACUGUGUGUGUGUAAUUUGAAAUCAAUGUUUGAUUGUACCGUUAAAUUUUGAUGUUUGAUAUUUUCAGCUUUAUGUAUGUGAAAAACUUUUGAUGUUGAAAUAAUAAAGUUUA